UGGCGGGAGAUUACAGGCGGCUCGGGCUAGCUCGGUUGCUGGGACAUACCGGUUGUAGUGCGCUAGGCCCUGGGUUAUGGAGUUCUCCAGGAGUAGGCCGCGUCGCCUGCGAUGCUCCCCCUUGGCUGAGAUCUAUCCGUUUCCGAUCCAGUUCUAUGAGCAACCGCCGACUGAGAACGUCUCGUUGCAGGAUUUCGAGAAUUUCGCGAUGGAGAGGCUGAAACUUCUCAAGUGUGUAGAAACACUUGGCGUUAGCCAUGUCAGGACAUCGGAGGCCUAUAACAAGAAACUGGAAAAUGAAUUUCGAAAGCUGAAGUUUCCUUACAGAGUUUCAAGUGAAGAGAGGCUGGAUGAGUAUGAAAUAAGAAGGAAAGAUCACAUUUCUCAUUUCAUAUUGCGUCUUGCUUACUGCCAGUCGGAAGAUCUGAGACGAUGGUUUAUCCAGCAAGAAUUGGAAGUAUUCCGUUUCCGAUUCAACGAACUGUAUAACAAGCAGCUAGAAUUUCUCAAGCACAAUAAGCUGGAAUAUCAAGCUAUUGAAACAAAUGAAAAAGAAGAUCUGAAGAUGAAACUGGCCGAUUCGGGUGGAUACAGCUCAGUUAAAAUAGGUGAAUGGUUGUUUUACAAGGUCAACUUCACUGACGCUCUUGAGCUGGUCCGAGUUCGGAAGGUCUUUGUUAAAAAUGGUUUUGCAUACAUACCUCACCCAGAGAUAGUGAUUAUAGUCCUGAAUGAAUUCCGACAGCGGCUUUCCAAAUCUUUGGCAAUUGCGUCAAGAUCGCUGCCUGUUGUACAAUCAGACGAGCGACUCCAGCCUCUGCUGAACCACCUCAGCCAUGCGUACAUAGGACAGAACUAUAGCGUUCAGAAGAAUGUUGGGAAGAUUUCAUUGGAACAGAUUGACAGUUUGGCUGUAAAAUCCUAUCCACCAUGUAUGCGUCAGUUACACAAAGCCAUUCGGGAUAACCAUCACCUUCGACAUGGUGGCCGCAUGCAGUAUGGACUUUUCCUUAAAGGGAUCGGCCUCACCUUGGAGCAGGCCUUGCAGUUCUGGAAAUCAGAAUUUAUCAGAGGAAAAGUGGAUCCAGAUAAGUUUGAUAAAUUAUAUGCCUACAAUAUACGCCACAGUUUUGGAAAAGAAGGCAAGAGGACUGACUAUACCCCAUUUAGCUGCAUGAAGAUCAUUCUGUCAAACCCGCCAAGUCAAGGGGAUUAUCACGGUUGUCCAUUCCGUCACAGUGACAUCGAACUUCUGAAGCAGAAACUACAGACCUAUAAAAUUCCUCCUGCAGGAAUUACUCAGAUUCUGGAUUUAGUCAAGGGGAUGCAUUACCAGCUGGCCUGUCAGAAAUACUUUGAGCUAACCCACAAUAUUGACGAAGUUGGAUUUUCCCUAACUCAUCCAAAUCAGUAUUUCAUUGAGAGUCAGAAGCUCCUGAAUAGCAGCCGAGAUAUCAAGAGGGAGCCCAGCCAGCCAGACAAUUCUCAGUGGAGCCAAGGCAGCCAGGCUACAAGAGGCAUGAGUACCUCUAUCUCUAAACCCACGAGCCAGGUGUCGUCGGCUGACAUGGAUGGUUUGGAAGAGCUUCUCAGUGAAGGAUACAUCUAGUGAUUAUUGAUGACUUUGGUAUCCAAUGAUAUGCGUUGUGGGUUUUUGCAUUUCCUAAAAUGAUUCUUCCAUAUUAUUGUCUUCCGUUUAUUUCUCCCCUUCAAGAGAAGUAAAUUUCAGAAAAUUUGGAUGCUUUCUAGAACAGCCUGAAAACAAAUAUGUGAACUUGUUUGGAAUAUUAUCACCAACAAAAACCCACAAAAUUGUGUAUUGUUAUUGUUAUAGUUAUUGUGGCUUGUACAUAUUGUGCCGGCAGACUAGGAAUGAAUUGGGAACACUUAAAGUAAUGCAAGAUAUAGUGUUUUAUAUUGAUUCCACCUUAGUUUUACAUUUACGAAGAGGUGUAAAAUAUGUUAGUGCAGUGUCUUAAUACUUUGCCACUUUAGGAUACUAUUACAAAGUUUAAUAUAAGAAAAGAAAUUUUCAAGCCCAGCCCGCUGAAAUUUAGUGAAUACUUUGGUCAGAUGCUACCGACUAUGCAAUACCAAUCAGUCUCCAUCUUCUCCACUAAUCUACAUCAUCACAAUGCAAUUGUGUUGUGAUGGCUUCACCAUCAUUAGCUAAUAAUAUAGGCUCUGUUGCAUUCUUAUGUGAUCUGUUCUUUUUGCCCAUCAGAUGAAGUGAAUGUAUAUUGUAUAACGUUGUGUACCAUACGUGCUGGUUGGCAGCAGAUGAUAUUAUUUCAAUUUUAAUAUUCGCUUUGUGUGUUCAGCUUUGAAUAUUGAUAAUAAAUUAGCGGAAAAACAAGUUUCUAGAGGACCUUAUUUUUCUUCCAAACUUAAACCAAUGUAUUUUUACAAUUAGAAGCAUAAUUUCAAAGCGCAAAAGUCAAGUUGAGUGAGGUACUCUCAGUUUGUAGCUAAUGGAUUCACGCCAACCUUUGGUAUGAGAAAGCACGCAAUUAAGAAUCUGUUGCUAUCUGUUUCAUUCUGCUCCUGAGUUUAAUAUUGGUCCUGAGGAGCAGAAUCAGUAUUGUGCUGAUUGCUUGCAUGUUUGGUGGAAACAAAUGGUUUUUUUUUGCAGAUGUAUUGAUCAUAGAAUGACUCCUAUAAUUUAUUUUGUGAAUGGAUAUUUCUAAUAAAAGGUGUCUGCUGAUUAUCUGAUAUAUGCUCUCCAUUGACUAAGUGAAGCACAAUAUCAGCAUAGUCUAAAAGUACUGCAAUGACCUUGACUUUGAGUUUUGGCAAGACUCCUCAUGUGCCACUUCUGAAGACCACGCUAUGGUAACCAUGAAUAUCAGAAAUAGGCAAAUUGUAUUAACUCAUUGCUGGAAGCCCAGGAAUACACUUGGGUCAUCUACUGAAAAGUGAAAUUGAGUUAAAUGUUGUAGUAGAGAGUUUAAUAUUGAUGGUGUCCUAAACUGUUGCAGCUCUCCCCAUCUAUGUGGGAGGGAACUGUCAAUGCAUUCUUAGAUCAGCACUGAAAGAAAAAUUCCAGAGGACGCUGCAUGAUAGCUUCAAGAAUCAAAUGCUGUGAACCUUAAUGUAGCCAAUAAAAGUUGUGAAUACUCCAGUUUGUUUAAAACUGGCUUGCAAUAAACAAACAUACAAUUUAUUUUGGACCCUUGAGAAAACUCAUUUACUGUGUAAUCCAUGAAGAACAGCUAGUGUGAGCCUGUUUUCAGACCCGGCUUUUCCUCACAUCUAAUGUUCCUCUUGGAGAGUUUCAUGAUUUUCCCUUCUAUAAAAUGAUAUUUUGCUAGAAACUGUGCUUUUUCCUCCCUGCGCCAAUGUCUGAUGUAACACUACUUGUGACUGUGUGUACAACAUUCGCACGUUGAGUUUCUUGUCUCAAUUUUUUCUCCUUGCUCUUUUAGCAUGAUACCACACUAGCAAUAGAACUCUGAAACAUCAAAGCCUCAAAAACAGAGUUAAAAUUAUUUUUAUACAUACUACGAAU